GAGAGAGAGAGAGAGAGAGAGAGAGAGAGAGUUUCCAGCUGAUCACUGGAAAGCAGCAGCAGCAGCAGCAGCAGAACUCGGAUCGGCUGCAUGAGGAUCCCUCGGUGUGGUCAUGUCUGGAUUCUUUCUAUCUGUGCUGUUGCUCCUCCCGCUGGUGGCCUCUGUCCCCUCCCCCUCCAGGUCACCACCCAAAUACUGCCGAAGAUGCUGCGAUCACCUGGAUCCGCCUGUAAGCAACUCGCCCCAACCCGUGGCCUAUCAGACGCCAGAGGUUCGCACGUUCAUUAACAUGACCAUUCUCAAAGGAGAUAAAGGGGAUCGGGGUGAGAGAGGAACUCCGGGGAAACCAGGAGAAGAAGGUUCUCCAGGUCCCAAAGGAGCCAUUGGUCUUAAAGGCAGCAAAGGGCAGGCCGGAGCUCCUGGAGACCCCUGCAAGAGCCAGAAAUCGUCCUUCUCAGUGGGCCGCCGAAAGGCCCUCCACAGCGACGACUAUUACCAGGCACUACUCUUUGACACCGUGUUUGUCAACCUUGACGAACACUUCAACAUGUUUAAAGGCAAGUUCUACUGCUAUGUGCCGGGUAUCUACUUCUUCAACAUUAACAUCCACACAUGGAAUUUUAAGGAGACCUAUCUGCACCUGAUGCAGAACGAACGCGAGCAGGUUAUCCUGUACGCACAGCCCAGUGACCGCUCCAUCAUGCAGAGCCAGAGCGUCAUGCUUUCUCUCGAGCUUAACGACGAAGUCUGGGUGCGCCUCUACAAGCGGGAGCGGGAAAAUGCCAUUUACAGUGAUGACGUUGACGUCUACAUCACCUUCAAUGGCUACCUUGUGGCUCCUGCUGCAUAGAAAUGGCAUCACAGGGAUGGUUUCCCAAUACUGAGAGUGGGAAUUAUGGAUUAAGUCUUCUCUCAGGGAAAACGUGCCAAUGGAGUUCUAUGAAGGGGAAGGAUGCAGUGCUAAUUGAAUAAUUAACAAUGCAUUAGGUACAGUUAGCUAACAGAUGAUUUACAUAUUGGUGCUAAAAUAGCUGACUCACUAACAAUUUGAUUCGGUACCUUUGGUUUUAUCGUUUUUUUUGUUUUUUUUUUGCUGUGUUACAUAUGAUUAACUUGGCUGCAGAGCAGCCUCAAUGGGCAAAACUAAAAUAUAUAACAAAAUAUCAUAGAUCUGUUAAAUCUCCUCAGAAGCUUCUUCUGAGCACAGCAAUGUACAUUGUGAAAUGAAAACAGGUCACCUGUACUGUACUGUAUCUGUCCUUCAAAAAAAAAACAGUACUUCCUAAAAGGGGGUUGACUGGAAAAUACUCCAGACUUAUGUAAGCAUUUGGCUUGGAUCAUAGUCUUUACUUAUUACCAUGUCUCUAGCGCCAGCCUGGACUGAGUAACAGUUUUUGGUUGUUGAGGUGAGGCCUUUGCUUAUACUGUACUAGCCAGCCAGGCUUUUUCAGUGCCAUUAACACCAAUACAGAGGGACAGGAGUAAAGCUGUAGCAGCAAUCAACCUAAAACCUAUUAACCUGCUAUCUUUAAAAAAACAUACUAAAAAAAUAGUCCAUUUUUUGCAUAAGUGCAUAAAUAAUGCAUUCAGUAGUUGACUAUCUAGAUGGUACAGGAUGAAUACGUUAGGGUUAGAUGAAUUAUAUCAUCUUAUCCCAUUGACUUUAUACUGUUGGUGUAAUGAUGUACCAUUGGAUUUAUAUAUUUACUGGUAUAAGUGACCAGUUUCCUUGCAGCUGGCUUUUUAUCAGUGACCAUAACAAUUAUGUUUUCUUCCUUUUGAUGCAUUUUAGAAGGUUAUUAACAUGUCAUAGCUAAUGUCUUGUUGCUUCAGUGCCAAUAAAUUUGGCAAGUGUGACGUUUGUUUUUAAAUGAAAAAUAAUUAAAUCAAUCAAUCAAAUAAGUCAUUAGUUAAAUGUCAAGUUAAAUGAGGUAAAUAAAUUGUGUAAAUAGCCUUGUGUAAAUUACCCUGAAUGUAAAGUCAGUGAUUUAAUAUUUGUACCAAAGCGGUUAACUAUCCUGGGAUUGGCAGAUUCUCUGAUUCCUAGUCUUUCAUUUUGCUAGAUUCAUAACAUCUUAAUGAUGAGCAUGAAAAUAGCAACUGGGCAAGAAGAGGAAAACCUGUCUAAUGCCCAACCAAAUUAGCAUUAGAGAUAUGAAAGGCCAUGUUUGCCCCAUACAAAAAAUGAUGCCUGAAAGUUUUUCAACAUGCCCGCUGUGUUAAGAUAAUGCACCAUGAGGGACUAUAAGUUGAACGUGAUUUAGCACUUAAGUAUGACAAAAAGGAGGCUUUAUCGUAAAACGGCCAUAAAGCAUAUCCAACUUGCAAUCCCUUUUAAACAGUUUCGCUCAAUAAAUGUGCUUUCCUUACUUUUGUGAAAAUGCUCCCCAUUACUCAUGUAUGCAUUGUGGAUUGCUUGAAAGGUACAGCUAGGAAGAAAUGAGGGACAUUGGGACAUCGAAGAAAUAAACAUAGUGGUGUAAAAGUGUCUAAAGUGAGCUGUCUUAAUACUGUGCCACUGAUAUUGAUUAGAUCUGAAAGAAAAAGAGGCCACCCAUCUGCCUCUGGAAGGGAACCCAGCUGCGUUAGAGCUGCUAUGUUUAUAGACAGCAGAAACAGGAAACCAGACCAACUAUCUGUAAUCACAACCAGAUAACAAGUCAGUGACAGCGAGAGAGUAGUAAAGGACAGAGGGUGGUUCUUGCUCAAAAUAUAUAAACCACACACCACUUUAUUUUUUUCAUUAACCAAUAUUAGUCAGUAAUACAGCCAAAAGACAGCUUAUAGAGCUUGCCAAUGAGAAACGUAGAUUGGACUUAUAUUUGCUGUUAAAGAAAUUUUUACUAUCCAAAAUGGCUUAGUUAUGGGCAGACAAAACCCACUCUUGGCUGAAGCAAUACAACACUGAUGUUAUUACUCUAUAAACAGUUAAAUGAAGGGCAAUGAGCAGGUCACUGUGAGACAACGUCUACAGAAAACUCCAGUCGUUUACAUCUUUUUGUAUACAGCCCCACUGUAUAAAUGUGGUUUUAAUGGCAUUGAGGAGGUUUAUAGUGUUUGCUGAUUUUGGAUCAGUUUUCUGCAUGUAUGUGUGAGAGUCUGGGUUUUUGUUUAGUCUUGAGUUCCAGGUUGUUUUGCAGCCGUAACCUCAAAUUUGAUCCUUGCCUUUGACAACUAGUGCAAUAGCAAGUAUCUGUCAGAAACAGAUACUCUUUGUUGAGGCAUUGUCUGAGUGGUGACAGUUCUACUUACUUCAGCGUGCUUCUAGAAAAUACACCUAGGUACAUUUCUGUUUAUCCUGAAAUCAAAAACCUGAACCACAGCAAAGCCUCAGUUAAUAGAUAAUACAUCACAAGGAAAUCAAAAUAACAUGAUUUUAGGUGGUCCUACAAUCAAAAACAUACCUCAGAGUGAGGUUAGUAUUAGCUGAAGAUAGCAUAUCAUUUAUUUCCAGUACAUAUUUCCAGUUAGUGGAAUUUGUACAUUACAAGAAAAUUCCUUUUUAGUUAAUAGUACAAUCAAAACAUGCCUCAAAGCAAUGCUAGUAUUUUCUGUACUUAUCAUGUUACAACAAAAUCUGUUUUGAAGGAGAUUUUCUUAUCAAAACAUGCCUUAGAGUGAGGCUAGUAUUAACUGUAGCUAGCAUUUAUAAUAUUUCCAGGAAAAACUUUGCGAUCUGCAUACCGAUCCAGUUUUUGCUUGAAGUUAGCAUAUCACAAGAAGGUUAAGAUAAGAUUUACAGGUGAUUCCUACAGUACUAUCCAAACACUGACCUGAAGUGAAACUAGCACUGUCUAGAGUUUCAGUUGAUCCUACUGAAAAAAAAUGACUCAGAGUGAGGCUGGUAUUCUCUACAAGGCCUAGUAUAUCAGAAGAUCCAUUUCAAGGUGAUAAUACUUUUAAACAUGUCUCAGAGUGAAGCUUGUAUCAGCUGGAGUUAGCACAUCAAAAGGAAGUCUAUUUAUGAGCUAUUCAGUCGAUCCUACCAUCAAAAUGUGCUCUAAAUGUGGCAAGCACUGGGUUUCUCAUGUAACAAGAAAGUUUGUUUUUGAUAUUUUUACGAGAUUCUAGAAUCCAAAACCUGACUCAGAGCAAGGCUCAGAUUUUAAGGUUACAAUACCAUCAAAAACAUGCCUUAGCUUCAGUUAGCAUGCCAGAAAAACAUUUAUUUAUGAGAUUUCCAGGUAUUUUACUAGUGAAAAGUUGACUCAGGUUAAGGCUAGUGUGGUUUGGAGUUGUUACAGUACAUUACAAGAAAGUCCUUCUUUCAGGUUAUCAUACUGCUGGUUGUUAAACAGAUCAAACAUCUGACUGAAAAGGAAAACUUUAAUUAACUCACACAAGAAUAUUACCAUGCUAACAUUAAAGUGGGCUGCCAUUUCAAAAUUGAGCUUAGCAAAACACAGCUCAUAUAGUUUAACCUUGCCAGCAUACUUUAUUGCUCAAGCAAAAUCUGCUCCAUUCUACAUCUAAUCCAGAUGUUACUGUGGACAUUCAGAUAACUGGAAUUAAACAAGGAUGCUAGAACAAGAACACCAGACAUGGAGAACUAACCACAAAGGUUGCGAAGAAGUUUAUAUUUCUGUCCCGGUCAAUUGGCUGCUCUUUUAAAGUCGAUAACUGAGGUACUAUUCCACUUUCCACACUUAAGCAAUUUACAUGUCAGCUGUUGAAAUUAGAUCAUGUUUUCAAUUACAAAACAAUGUUCAAAUAUUGCUGGGAUUUAAAAACCUGGUUAUUCUUCAUGUGUUUCUGAUGCCAGGCCUAAAGAUUGGUGCUUUAUUAUAAAGGUGCUAAAUUGUAAGUUUACUAGCAAAGGUGCACUUUUUGUAUACAUGAAUAUAAAUAUUGCUUGUAUUGUGUAAAAACAUUUUUUUAUAUGCCAAACAUUACCAUUAAAUUCUGCAGCAAAGUAA